AUGGCAAAUGUUAAUCAUAGUAUAUAUUUCUUUCUUUUUAACAUCAAUUCAACUCAUCCCUAUGAUAAUCACAGUUUGUAUCCAGCAGAAUCGAUCUUUGUCAAUUACGAAAAUCUACCACUUGUUGAACGCUUAACACUUUAUAUCACAUUCAUCGUGUCAGUUGUGGGCAUCAUUGGCAAUGCCGGGACAAUUAUCGUAUUAAAUCAACAAACAAUGCGCAAAUGGCGUUCAUCAAUGUUAUUAUCAGCGCUAGCAGGUGUAGAUUUUCUGUAUCUAUUAAUUAUAUUCUUAUCAAUUAUUGAUACGCUCACACAUCAAGCAAUUGGUCUUCAUCGAUCGUUGUUACUAUGUCAAACGACUGUUUAUAUCACUCAUGUUUGUUCAUUUCUCUCGGCAGCAUUCACCCUAUCAUUUACGUUACAACGGUUUAUUGCUGUACUUUUUCCAUUACAUGCUAAUACGAUUAUCUCCACUCGUUCAUCAAUAAUCAAUAUAUGUCUAUUAGUAUUUAUCAGUUGCAGCUUCUAUUCGUUUAGUUUUUUCGUUACCAAUAAUUCUCAUGGACAAUGUCGAGAAGAUGAAAGUUAUCCAGUAUUAUUUCCAUUGUUAAUUGUUGAUAUCUGUUUAACAUUUAUUCUCCCGUUUAUCUUCAUACUUCUAUUUAAUUUCGCUAUUGUUUAUAAACUACAAUCAAGGAAAAAGUUCGCAGAUAGAUUUGGAGGCUCAUUAACAAUCGCCAGCUACCAUCGUCAAGCUACGGAUUGUUGCUCGGAAAGACAACAGCUGUAUCAAUCGAAUGGUCACACAACGGAUAGCGAUUGUAUUCAGCUGAGAAACGAAAGGAAAGUCACGAUACGAAAGAUUUCAUCACCAUGUUUCGAAUCGAUACGGUCAGGUAAUGAAUAUUUAUCACGUAUCAGUCAUCCUCGAUUGUCAACGCCGACAUUAUCAUACGAACAUGUGACACCAGCCAGUAAUGGAUUGAAUCAUCGACAGACAAUAUCUCAACGAACGACAAAGAUGCUCGUGAUUUGUUCGACAACUUUUUUGAUUUUCAAUUCGCCCUAUUGCGCCGUUCUAUUCUACUCGAUUAUUUCGAAGCGUGUUCUCACCCGAACAUUAGAUAUUCUAAGACACUUCUAUUUCAUGUCGUUUUGUCUCAAUAUUUUUCUUUAUUCACUAUGUGGAAAUCGUUUUCGUCAUGAAUUGAUCAUUCUGCUGAAAUCAUUAUGCCGCCGUUGCUGUUCGUACAACCUCCGGCGAUACUGGUUACGCUUCGAUAAAAUCCCGCAUCAAUCCAGCUUCUCGCAUGAUACAACGCGAACGGUUGUCUAA